AUGGCAGGAUUUAGGUUGAUACAAAAUUAUUUAUCUUCGGAUUCUGAUGAAGACUGUGAUAAUGAAGUAUUUGAUACAAAAAUUUACCUUUGCCAAAUAAUUUAUUAUCUUGGACGGAUAAUAAAAUUGAACAACGAAUUAUGGGACUUGUUGCAAACAUGGAUGCAGUCAUCAACUGAAGCCUUUACUGAUGGUAAUUUGAUAAUUGAAAAUAGUCAUAUUAGUUUGACACGUACUUUAAUAUUCAAAUUUCACUGGAUUGACUCUUUUGUGGCUAGUAUGAAGAAAAUAUGCUCAUCAGUCGACCCAUUUAUACUUGAGUUAAAUAACGUUAGAGUUUACUGCAAUGAGCAGCGAACACGAACGUUCCUGGGGAUCGAGUGUCACUGUUUGGAGCCAAGCUUCACCUACUUGAUGGAAUCAUUGAAUAAAUUACUAGCAGAGUAUCAACUGGAAUCCUUUUACGAGGAAGCCUCAUAUCACAUAAGCUUUUUUUGGAUGCUUGGUGAUCGGGAAAAGGAAUUAAAAUCUUAUGUUGAGGAAUUAAAUAAUAGUUUAAAUCAAGUCCUUAUUAAAGAUUUAGAUAAAAACUAUAUUAAAAUAUCAAAAUUACACUGCAAAAUUGGUAAUAAAAUAUACAUAUUUACAUUAAAGUCAUAA